CGGAAUCAUCGGCUACUUAUAUGACAGGCUCUAUUCCAUAUGUAGAUGCGUGAUAAUGGACGAAUUUGCCAGAAUUCCAGGAUACUUCGUCCUGCUCAUUGGCGGUCUCCUCGUAUACUUCAUCACAGGGAGAAUCACUGCGUGGGCGAGACUAAGGUCCUUCCGCGGCCCUUUUUUGACCAAUUUCACCAAUUGGCCUCAUAGAAAAGCUUUGCUUCAACAGAGAUGUCAUGAGUUUUAUGGGGAAGUCUGCGAGAAAUAUGGCCCAAUAGCAAGAGUUGCGCCAAAUAUCCUGGUCACCUCGUCUCCGGACGUGUGGACUCAUGUGAACAACUCGCCUGGUUAUAAACGUUCUGAGUGGUACUACUCAGCUUGCCGCAUCGAGUAUCGACGUGACAACGUCUUUUCGCAGUCCGAUAAUGCAAAGCAUGAUAAUCGAAGGAAGCAAUUGGCUCCAGGUUAUUCCGGGAGAGAAAACCUCGAUAUCGAAGAUUCCAUUGACCAGCGUCUUCGGGAUUUUCUCGACUUGGUGAAAUCCAAGUACGUUUCCACAACAGCCAAAGUUGUGCCCAUGGACCUAGCACGAAAAGUCCAGUUCUUCACACUGGAUGUCAUAAGCGCCGUGGGAACGGGUAAGACAUUCGGCAUGCUGCAGAGGGAUGCCGAUGUAGAGAAUUUUCUCCAGUCUAGCGAGGAAGGACUUCGUAUAGCCAACUUUGCAGCUGCGCUAGGCUUCAGCUGGAUCGCGCAGGCCCCUUUCAUCGGCCGUUUUAUAGCUCCGUCGGCAGAGGACAGCAAGGGGUUCGGCAGGCUGAUGGCAGCUUGCUUCCGCCAUGUUGACGAGCGACUCCAGAAUCCAACAGACAAGAAAUCCGAUAUGUUGGCAUCAUUUAUCCGUCACGGCGUAUUAGGCGAUGACCUACGCUCCGAGGCUCUCGAGCAGAUCGUUGCUGGUUCUGAUACCACUGCAAGCGGUAUUCGAUGCACUUUGCUCCACGUCAUAACAAAUCCUCGAGUAUAUGCCAAGCUUCAGAAAGAAAUUGAUGAAGCAGUUCGAGACGGUAAAGCACCCCAAGACGGCUUCAUCACUCACAGUGUGGCAAAACAACUCCCAUACCUCCAAGCCACCAUCCGUGAAGCUAUGCGAGUCUGGCCCCCUGUUGCAAACAUCUUUUCUCGAGAUAUUCCACCCGGAGGCGACACUGUAAAUAUCGAUGGUAAGGACAUAUUCUUACCUGGAGGUGCUUACAUCGGAUAUUCUGCGCUCGCAAUGCACCGUAGCACCGAGAUUUAUGGCGAAGACGCCAAGGCCUUCCGUCCAGAACGUUGGUUCGAAGAUGACAAGGACAAACUUGCCACCAUGCUCCGCACAAACGAAUUGAUCUUUGGUUAUGGAAAGUGGCAGUGUUUGGGCAAAGAUGUCGCUCGGAUAGAGCUUGAGAAGGUUGUUUUUGAGCUUCUUCGUAAUUUCGAUAUUGCCAUACUUAACCCAACGAAGCCGUGGACGGCUUUGAACAACCUUGGAUUGUUUACCAUCUCUGACAUGUGGGUUCAAGUAAUGGAACGAGGGAGUGGUUGAAUCAUGGAUUAUACUAGGGAUACGCUUGAAUUUGGUGGAUCUUUGGAAAGUAAGAUAUUCCCAAUCUAUUGGUUUAUAAAUGAAAGAUGGAUGGAAAGAUUGAUAAAUUG